AUGACGAGGCACUCGAAACUAUCCAAACAAAAGAAAAUUUUAGUGGUAAAGAUAAAAAAUCCAGCAUAAUAAAUGUAAUGCGAGAUAUGCGUGUAUUAAUUACAGUGUCUACUGAGAAAGAAGCUGACGAUUUCGAUGCGGGUCAUGCAACAUAUCUUAUCGGAUGAUGUCGAUGUUGUAGGAAUUAUAAAACGAGAUAGUUUCGAGUUUUACCGAAGCCAAAGUAUGCGACUUUACGAAAUUGGCGAGACUUCGGUGAGGUAGUGCUCAUAAGUCAUAAACAUCACGAUAUUUAGUUCCGAUGUGGCGUCGAGAGAGACGUUUUCGAUGAAAUUAUGGGAAUGUGUCGCCCGCGUGACGCGGUGAUUACUAGUGUAAUCAGACUCACUAUAUUUCUCCAAUACGCUAGAGAAGGUAUAUAAUUAGUAGCUUGUUAGAGGAAACCGGACUAUUUAAGGCCUCACACAAUCUGUGCUAUCAAAGAACUGUGGAGUCUCGCAGCCCACCAUUUCGCGAAUUUUAUGCGAGACUAUUGACGACAUCAACAGAUUUGCCGGAAAAUUCAUCCGAUUCCCGCAAUCGCGCGCCGACGUGCUCGAUUUGCAGUCAGGAUUUUUCGACAAACUCGACCGCAAUGGAGAUCUUCGCUGCGUACCGUGUUACGGGGUCUUGGAUGGAAAACACUGGGAAACUGAGCACCCUCCGAACAGUGGCAGCCUAAGCUUCAACUAUAAGGCCUACUGUUCCUUUAAUUCGCUGUUCGUCUGCUCGGCCGACUGCCGAAUCCUGUACGUCCAGAUAUCCGAAUGCGGUGGCAACUCUGACGCUCAACUCUUUCGCGAGGGUCCCCUGGGCGAGCUCUUGGAAAGAGCUGCGUAUGCCGGGGGCCUCAGAACUCUUCCCGGCUCCUCCAUCGUCAUGCCGCCGUUUAUUCUCGCUGACAACGGAUUCGGCUUGUCCAAGCACGUGAUGCAGCCAUAUAGAGACCACAAUCGUACUACGGAGAACAUGGACUUCAAUGAUAAGAUUUGCGGAACGCGCGUCAAGAUUGAGAAUCUUUUUGGAAUUCUAACUACAAAGUUCCGCGUCUUCCGUCGCGCUCUCAAUCUCUGCCCUACGUCUUCUCAAGGUCUUAUUUUAUCUCUUAGUGUGAUUCAUAACCUCACCGUACCGAAACGUGAGGCUGUUCAGUUUGAUUAUGAAACACCCAUUCUUAUCGAUCCGUACAAAACUGCGGAAGACCAGCGUACCGCCCUUAAGAAAUAUCUGAAGACUAUUGAACAAUAA